AUGCAUCAUCGUCGCCUAUCUACUUCUCGAUUUCAUACCGAAGAUGAUGGUUUCACUAGAUUUGAAGGUUUUGGGUUCAUAAAUACCCAAAAUCGACCCCCACUGGAAUUGAAUCAAGAAAAAUCCCUAAAGCCGAUGGUUUCAAAAUUUGAUGCUUUACUCGAGGUUCCAGCACAUCGAAGACGAAAAAAGAAUGUCCCUUAUUUUGUUUUCGAUGCUUUAAUCGGAUUUCCAGAAGUUGAUUCUUUAAUAGGGUUUCAAAACAUGGGUGCAGACUGUCGAAUGGUUGUGACAGGUGGUGUAAAGUUUGAUUGUGUCGACUGUGAUGGGGAAGACGAUGAACACGGUACAACUGGUGAGGUGAGGGUAGAUGGCGAGGGGUAG